AUGUCCCUUUUUACAUUUUCUCCAAUCGAAUUGGCUAGAGUGGACCGAAUUCAAUUCGGUAUCUUGAAUCCUGAAGUGAUCGAGAAGAUGAGUGUAUGUGAAGUACUCCAUGCAGAAACUUUUGAAAAGGGAAAACCAAAGGAAGGAGGAUUAAUGGAUCUUCGUAUGGGUACCAUCGAUCCUUCUCUUACUUGUCUAACAUGUGGAGGAAAUUCGACAGAAUGUCCUGGUCACUUUGGACAUGUGAGAAUCCAUCCGGUAUUCAAUGUACUCUUUCUCAACACAACAAUCAAAGUGCUACAAAGCGUUUGUUAUCAUUGCGGUAAACUUUUAGCAGACAAGAAUACACAUGCCUUCAAAAAGGCCUCCAAAUACCAGAAUAGACGUAAACGAUUCAAAGAAGUGAUAGAUUUAUGUCGAAAAGAUAAGUGCGUCGUGGGUACUGUUGGUCCUGUAGACCCAAAUCAACAGCCUCAAACAGGAGAUGGAAUCGUACAAGAUCCUACCACUUCCGAAUUAACAUUCCAACCUCGAAAUGGUUGUGGAGGUAUUCAACCUAAGAUAUCUAGAGAUGGCUUGAAAAUUUUUGCAGAAUUCAAGAAGGAUGCUGCUGAAGGACCAAACAAACAAGAGUUGACAAAGCAAGAACUCACUGCCGAACGUGUACUUCAAAUCUUUAAGAGAAUAUCUAAUGAGGAUUUGGAAUUAUUGGGAUUUGAUAGAGACAAUUCUCGUCCUGAAUGGAUGAUUAUUACAUGUCUCCCAGUCCCUCCACCUCAAGUUCGUCCUAGUGUACAUCACGGUUCAGGAGAUCGUUCUGAAGACGAUUUAACUCACAAACUGGCUGAUAUCAUUAAGGCAAACGCAGCACUACAAAGAAGCGAAAAAUCUGGUACACCACAACAUCAAAUGGAAGAAAUGGUGAGAAUGUUGCAAUAUCAUUGUGCUACAUAUGUAAAUAAUGAAUUUCCAGGUAUUCCAACUUCGACCACUAAAAGCGGAAGACCUUUGAAAUCAAUCAGACAAAGAUUGAAGGGAAAGGAAGGACGUGUUCGAGGUAAUUUGAUGGGUAAACGUGUUGACUUUAGCGCCAGAACUGUCAUUACUCCAGAUCCAACAAUUGAUAUUGACCAAGUCGGUGUUCCUCGUUCUGUUGCUUCAAACAUGACCGUUCCCGAGAUUGUUACACCAUUCAAUUUUGAGAGAUUGAAUGAAUUGGUGAUUAAUGGUCCUUUGACAUACCCUGGAGCAAAAUAUGUCAUUCGUGAAGAUGGUACACGUAUUGACUUGAGAUUUGCCUCUGGAAAAGCUAACGAUCAAAUUCAGUUGGAAUAUGGUUACAAAGUGGAACGUCACUUGCAAGACGGUGACGUUAUUCUCUUCAACAGACAACCUUCUCUCCACAAAAUGUCUAUGAUGGGCCACAGAAUUAAGGUCAUGCCUUACAGCACUUUUAGAAUGAAUUUGUCGGUCACUACCCCGUACAAUGCUGACUUUGACGGUGACGAAAUGAACUUGCACGUUCCUCAAUCGUUGCAAACAAAAGCCGAACUGCUCGAGUUGAUGAUGGUCCCAAGAAAUAUCAUUACACCACAAAGUAACAGACCAGUCAUUGCCCUUGUGCAAGAUACAUUGCUUGCUUCUUCAAAAUUAACUCGUCGUGAUGUCUUUAUUGGAAAGGAUCUCAUGAUGAAUUGUCUCAUGCAUUUGUCAGACUUUGAUGGCAAAUUACCAGUUCCAGCCAUUAUGAAACCAAAACAAUUGUGGACAGGAAAACAAUUAUUCAGCUUAUUGUUACCAAAGGUCAACUUGGAAAAUACUUCCUCAACUCAUGAAGACCUUACUGAAGGAAAGGACUAUUUAGAUCCAGAUUUACCAGAAUUCGAUACCAAAGUAUUGAUCGACAGAGGUGAAUUGGUUUCUGGUAUUUUGGAUAAAAAGUCUUUGGGUUCCUCUCACGGUUCUUUGAUUCACAUUAUUGUGAACGAAAAGGGACACAAUGAAGGAAAGAAGUUUUUGGUAUUGGUAUUGGGAGAUACCAUUGCCGAUAAGGCAACAAUGGAGCAAAUCGAAGAAACCAUUAGAAAGGCUGAAAAGGACGUUAAAAAUAUUGUUAAAGAUGCCCAAGAAGGAAAACUAAGAGCAGAAGCAGGUAGAACUAUUCAACAAUCUUUCGAAAAUCAAGUUAACAAGGUUUUGAACAAGGCUCGUGAAGACGCCGGUAACAAAGCAAAGAAGUCUCUCAAGGAUGAUAACAACAUCAAGUCCAUGGUCACUGCUGGUUCAAAGGGUUCAUACAUUAACAUUUCACAAAUUAUUGCUUGUGUUGGUCAGCAAAACGUUGAAGGUAAACGUAUUCCAUAUGGUUUUCGUAAUAGAACAUUGCCUCACUUCUCUCAGGAUGAUCAUGGACCUGAAAGUCGUGGAUUCGUUGCCAACUCAUAUCUCAGAGGUCUUACUCCACAAGAAUUCUUCUUCCACACUAUGGGAGGUCGUGAAGGCUUGAUCGAUACUGCCGUCAAGACAUCCGAAACUGGUUAUAUUCAAAGAAGAUUGAUCAAGGCUAUGGAAGACAUUAUGGUCAAAUAUGAUGGUACAGUUCGUGAUGCUCAAGGAAAUGUCAUCCAAUUUUUAUACGGUGAAGAUGGAAUGGAUGCUCACAAAGUUGAAUCACAAAGCAUUGACAUGAUGAAUUUGAGCGAUACCAAAUUCGUCGACAAGUUUUGGUAUCCAUCUCUUGGACAAGCUCCAACCUUUACUCCUGGUUCUGAGUCAUUGGCAUCAUCGGCAAUUACAAUGCCAUUAGGUGGUAUCAGCAAGGAACCUUUUGUCUCUCAAAAGGUCUUUGAAGAGAUUUUGAGAGAACCAGAGCAAUAUUUGAAGGAAAUUCGUGAUGAAUACAAACAAUUGUUAUUGGACAGAGCUGUUUUGAGAACUGAAAUUUUCCCAUCUGGUGAGACUAAGGUUGUCAUGCCUGUAAACUUGAGACGGCUCAUUAAGAAUGCUCAAAAAGAAUUUGGUAUUCACCCAAGUGCUGGUAAAGUUAGUGACUUGAACCCAAUUUACGUUGCUAGAAGCAUUAGAAAACUUUGUGAAGAGUUGGUAGUUAUUAAGGGUACAGAUAAGCUUUCCAAGGAAGCUCAAGAAAACGCCACUCUUCUUUUCAGCAUUUUGGUUAGAUGCACUUUUGCUUCCAAGAUUGUAUUGAAAGAGUUGUGUCUCAAUAAGGAAGCCUUCGAUUUCAUUCUUGGUGAAAUUAAGAUGAGAUUCCAUAACUGUCUUGCUCAACCAGGUGAAAUGGUGGGAUCCGUUGCUGCUCAAUCUAUCGGUGAACCUGCCACUCAAAUGACUUUGAACACUUUCCACUUUGCUGGUGUCUCUUCAAAGAACGUUACUUUGGGUGUUCCUCGUUUGAAGGAAUUGUUGAACGUUGCAAAGAAUAUCAAAACUCCAGGUUUAACAAUUUAUUUGAAAUCAGAUAUUCUUCACGAUAUGGAACAAGCCAAGCAUGUCAAGGAUGACUUGGAAUAUACUACAUUGGGUCAUGUCACUGCAUCUACACAAAUUGUCUACGAUCCAGAGCCAUAUGAAUCAGUGAUUGAAGAAGAUAGAGAAUUUAUCAGAGAAUUGAUCGAUGAAAAUAAGGAUCAAAGAUUAGAUUCCACCACACUGAAUCCGUGGGCUCUCAGAUUUGAAUUGGACAAGAUGAUGAUGAGUGAAAUGACCAUGACACAAGUUGCAAGAAAAAUCAAGGAAGAAUUCCAAAACGACAUUACAUGUUUCUACUCCAAUGAUAACGCUGAUCACUUAAUUUUGAUUGUUCGUAUUCAUAAGGAUGAAAAAGAAAGAGAAAAAGACGAACAACUCAAGAAUCCAACUCCAGAGUUUGUUCAAAAGAUUGAAGAAGAGGACAUGGAAAAUAGCACAGUUGACUUUUUGAGAAGUUUGGAAUCUAACAUGUUGAAUGAAUUGGCUCUCAAGGGUUACAAGGACAUCAAGAAGGUCUUCCUUAGAGAAGAGACUGACAAGAUGACCUUCUCUUCUGAAGGUCGUACCAAGACAAGUCAAUGGGUUUUGGACACAGAAGGUUGUAACUUACUGGCUGUUUUGGCUCAUCCAAAAGUUGAUCAUACUACUACUGUCUCAAACGAUGUCAAUGAAAUUCUUGAUGUAUUGGGUAUUGAGGCAUGCAGAAAUGCAUUGAUGAGAGAAAUGAGAAAGGUCAUUGAGUUUGACGGUUCCUAUGUGAACUAUCGUCACUUGGCUAUUUUGUGUGACGUUAUGACUCACAGAGGUAGUUUGAUGGCCAUCACUCGUCACGGUAUUAACCGUAGUGAUACUGGACCAUUGAUGAGAUGCUCAUUCGAGGAGACUGUUGAAAUCCUUAUUGAAGCUGCUACAUUUGCUGAUAUUGAUACUCUCAAGGGCGUGAGUGCUAACGUGAUGGUUGGUCAAUUGGCUCCAAUUGGUACCGGAUGUUUUGGUUUGUAUUUGGACGAAGAAUUGUUGAAACAAGCGGUUGCUGUAAAGCCAAUGUAUGUCAUGGAAACAACUGCCAAAUCAACCAUGUUUGGUUCUAUCGGUGUUUCCACACCUUACCAUACUGGAAUGGCAACACCUUAUCACUCUGUUUCAACACCUGGUUAUCAUGGAGUUUCAAGUCCUUGGACCUCAACUCCAGUCAGUAGAACUCCAUCUCCAGAACAUGGUGGAUUCAGCCCUUCACCUUACAAUUCAGCAUUCUCUCCAAUUGCUGGCUCCCCAACAUCACCUGGUCAUCAUGGAUACUCACCAACAUCUCCAAGCGGUGGUUAUAGUCCUUCAUCUCCUGCUUAUUCACCAACAUCACCAAAUACUGGAGGCUACUCACCAUCCUCACCUGCUUAUUCACCAACAAGUCCAAGCUAUUCACCAACAUCACCAGCAUAUUCACCAACGAGUCCUGCUUACUCACCAACGAGUCCAAACUACUCGCCUACUUCGCCAGCAUACUCACCAACAAGCCCAAAUUAUUCACCAACGUCACCAGCUUACUCGCCAACAAGUCCUCGUGUGACAAGUCCAAGUUAUUCUCCAUCAUCGCCAGCAUAUUCACCAACAAGUCCAAGUUAUUCACCAUCGAGUCCUAAUUAUUCGCCAACAUCACCUGCUUACUCGCCAACAAGUCCUCGUGUGACCAGCCCAAGUUAUUCUCCAUCAUCACCAGCAUAUUCUCCAACAAGUCCAAGCUAUUCUCCAACUAGCCCAAGUUAUUCACCAACAAGUCCAAGCUAUUCACCAUCGUCACCAGCUUAUUCACCAAGUCGUGAUGACAAUCAAUAA